AUGAGUAAUACAUUUAUUUACUGGAAUUUCAAGGGAAGUAAGGGAGAUGCAAAUAUUUUAAGGAUAUCUUUACCAUGUAGUUACAAUACAAUAAAGAAAAAAAUUUUGGAAGAAACUAAUUUAAACUUACAAAAUAAUUUAGAUAUACUUUUAUAUUAUAAUAAUGAAAUUUUAAGUGAAUAUGAAAGUAUUCAUAAUGAAAUGCUAAUAGAAAUACAAAGAAGUAACAUUGAUGUUGUAAAAGAGUUGUUACAAAAAAGCAAUGAAAAGUAUUUGGAAAAAAACAAAAAUAUAAUAGAAAAUAAAGAUAUAUCAAAUUUAAAACAAAAUGAAAAUUUUAAUUUAAGUAAAAAUAAUAAUGAUAAAUUAAAUAUCCAUGAAACAAAUAAAAUACUAAAAAUAAAUAAAAUACAAAAUCAUUCCUAUAAUAACAGGUCAUGGAAUGUUUACAAUAGAAAUAAUACAAAAGAAGACAACGAUGAUGAAGAUAUGAAAAUUCAAGAAGUAAUGGAAAAGAAUAAUUUAUAUCGUAGUGACUAUAAGUCAAAAAUGAACUAUUUCAAAAAAGACAAAAAUAAUGCAAAUUUUUUUCAAAAUAAAUUGAAAAAAAUACCAUCACCUACUAUUUCUAAAAGAAAUUUUAAUGGUUAUAAUAAAACUGAAAAUAUACCAAAUGGGGCAAUGGCGUACCAAAAACACAAUAUGCAAAAUAAAUAUUAUAAAUUAAAAAAUUCUCCAAAGAACAAUUUAAAUAAUACGCUAGCAGAAGCAAGCACAAAAUUUAUUUCCCCAGAUUAUAUAUGUCACAUGUGCGGUAAAAAAGGGCAUAGUAUAAAAAAUUGUACAAUGAGUAAUUUCAAUAAUAAUAAAAAGAUAAAGAUUCCUACAGGAAUACCUGCUAAUUUCUUAACAAAGAUAAAAUCGGAAGAUAUAUAUAAAUAUGAUCAAAUAUAUAUACUUAAAGACGGUAGUUAUGGAGUAAUGAAAGACGUAGAAGAUGUAAGUGGUAGUGCUUACUUAUACAGGAGUGUUGAUGAUAAAAUUAAUAUUUAUUUAGGUGUUAAUGACAACAAUAAUAAAAAUGACAGUGACAAAUUUUCUAAUAUAUAUAAAUGUUUGUUAUGUAAAAAAUUGUAUUCAUCACCAAUAACUUUACAUUGUUGUGGAGAAACAUAUUGCAAACAAUGUUUAUUCAGAUACAACAAAAAAAGAAAAAAUGAUCAAUCAUACCAUAAUAGUUCAGAUCAAAAAGUGCAAGUUAUGAAAUGCCCGAACUGUUCCAAAUUUAUAAAUUCAGAUGAGUUAAUUAUUAACACAAAUAUUAAAAAUGUAAUUGAUACUAUUAUUAAAAAUCAAAAAAUUAAUGAUACUAAUGAUGAAGGAAAUAUAUCAUCAAAUGGAGGAUUAUUAAAUGUGAAUAAAGAAAAAAAAUUGCCUUUUGAAAAUAAUAAUAAUAUAUCAGAUAAUUUUAUAAAUAAUAGAAAUGAUAUAAUGCAAAAUAAUCAAAAUGAUAAUGGGCAAAUCAACGAAAAUAAAAUUAAUUUCAAUGAAGACAAUAUAUCAAGUAAUGAAAUACCUACUGAUAAAAUAAAGGACCAGCACUCAGUUAAUAACAAUACGAUAAAUGGAAAUGAUGAAGAAUUACAAGAUAAUAAUUUUAAUCCUCUAAUUGAUUUACCAAUUAAUAUAAAUGAAAUAAAGAAGCAGCAUGAUUUUGCAUCUGCCUAUAUAGCUCAGUACAAGCUACAAAAAAAGAAAGAAAAGAAAAGGAAUAUUGAUCUUAAUCUUAUUUUUAUGAAUAAAAAAAUAUGUUAA